AUGGGGGGGUUCACUCGGCAAUUAGCUACUGCUGCCCCCAACAACGGCACUUGCGAAGAUGUUCAUCAUCUGAAUUUCAACUUACCUCCGUGGCCUAAAGGUAAAGACCCCACACCAUAUGAAAUAUUCCACAUUGAAGAAUCAGAAAAGAAAUUAUCAACGCUUGAGUUCAACAAACUAAUCAAAACUCGGUACAUGAAAUACGUCAAAGUAUACCACCCUGAUGUAUGCAAACAUAGUGAGAUCCUAGAUAGGAAAACAGGAAACAGUUUUAGCUUAGAAAGGAAGAGACAACGUUUCGAUAUGGUUGUCAACGCUUAUGAUGUUUUGAAAGAUCCUAAACGUCGUUUGGCUUACAUAAGGUAUGAUGAAGCACUGUGGCAGAACUAUGAUCCCAAGAAGCAUGAAGGUACAUUCAAUGCAUAUCGUCAGGCUAAUGCCCAUAGACGUCAAUAUGGAUUCAGUCAUGAUGAAACCUUCUGGCAUGCAGCUACAUGGGAGGAUUAUUAUCGAAUGAAACACGGGAGAGCACCUCCCAGUAUGGAAGAGUUGGAGAAAAAUAAAUGGAAGAUCUUGUGGGGUGUAUUAGCAAUUAUGACUUUAACAGGUACAGUCCAAACCAUGUGGGCAUUAGAUCGUGCUAAUGAUUACAUCAGAACUUUGAAUCUUAAACAUAGUCUUGCUUCGGAACAAUAUGAACUUGCCAAGGACAACUACGGUGAAGGUGAUGGUCAGCUAGAUAGGGUAAAACGUUUCUUAGUUAACAGAAGAGCAAACUUUGAUGAUCCACAGUUUCUUGAGGCUAGGGAAACUGGUGAUAAUGAAUUGUUAACUACUUAUGCUCGAAAACGGGUAACCAAAUGGUCUGAUCAGGAAGAUGUUUGA